AUGUCAAGUUCUUCCGAGGACGAGUUACCAAAGAAGGUUAGCAAGAAAGAAUCUAAAGCUCCUAGGAAAAAAGCGGAAAAGCGUCCUCGAAAGGAAUCGACAUCAGAUGAUGGUGUGGAAGACGAUAGUGCGGUCGUAAAAACUACCCAAAUUGAUGGCCAGGAGGCAUUUGAGCUUGCAAAUAUGAGGUAUGUAAUGGUUCGUCAAUUCAAAGGGAAAACGUAUGUUGAUAUUCGCGAAUAUUACACAGAUAAAGCGUCCGGAAGCAUGAAACCGGGAAAGAAGGGAAUUAGUAUGUCUGUCGAGCAAUAUGAGAGAUUGAAAAACCUUCUUCCGGAGCUCGAUAAGCGAAUUAAAUGA